GAUGCGGAAAGUCUGUAUAAACAUCGAUGUCAUGAUGAUCGAACAUGCCGUUCCGCUGAUGUGAUUUCGGACAUAGAAGCCCCAACUCCCGGUCAACUUGACCCUUCCCCGUACGUACAUCAACAGGGCACAGGGAGCGUGGGAUCUAUUGCAAAACCACACAUCAUGCACUGCAAUCCGGAUACAGAAAUAGUCCAUGGACGCCUUCUGGAAGAUAUUCUAGCUCCCGAGAAUAGACAGAAGGGUAAGCAGGUGGACGGAAUGCCCAGUGGUAUGGAGCUGGCAGUAACGCCCGUGAUGGAUGAUGUUCUCACGGCUGGAAUCUCAAGUCCGGAUCGAACCCUAGCUAUCAGCAAUGCGAUGGUCACGGACGGCAACAUCCUCGCCUCUAUCUGCCACGGUGAGAACGUGACCGAACAGGAUCGCCUGUACGCCGCGACACUGGAUGACGAUGAUGAUGCCCGUGAUGCACCAGCACCCACGCCCAACGAACCAAACUUUGACAAUGGGGUGGCCGACGACAGUGUCUUGGGGUAUGUUAUGGACCGCCUGGAUUUGACACAAGAAAGCGGCGCCGGCGAAGGUCCGUCGCAUCGGCCAUCUUCCCAGCAGGCGCCCGCCAUGCUCACCGAAUGUGUCUCUUGCAUGGAGCAGGUCGAGACCAGUGGCAUGCUUUUGAGCGCCUGUGGUCACAGCUUUUGCCUCGACUGCACGCGGCAGAUGGUCCUCGGGAUUAUCAAGCAGGAACAGUUUUAUCCACCGCGAUGUUGUGGAUACAUCAUCCCCCCGAGCACGGCGUUGCGGGUCCUUAACUACGAAGAGUUGUGCGGGUUCAGCGACCGAGUCAUGGAAUACAUGGCCAAAGACCCCAUCUACUGUGCGGUCCCGACGUGCUCCAAGUUUAUUCCACCCUUCGCCAUGGACGAUGAUUACGGCACUUGUCCCGCCUGCCGGCAAAAGACACAUCUCUCCUGUCUGUCCCUAGAGCACCCCGGUGUGGACUGCCCCACGGACGAGACCCUGCAACGUGUGCUCGCCAUGGCCAACGCAGCGGACUGGCAAAGGUGCUUCCAUUGCCGCACGAUGGUGGAGCUACAGCAGGGAUGCAACCACAUAAGAUGCCGAUGCGGUUGGGAGUUUUGCUGCGCCUGCGGGCAGGUGUGGAAAACCUGCUCUUGUUGUCUC